AUGUCUCUGUUCAGGAAUCUCACGAGGAAGGAGCUUCGUCAGGUGGCGGCUUCUUCUUCCGUCCGUCAGUUCGCGCCGAGAAACAUCAUCUGCAAGAAGGGGACGCGAGCGAAGCAGCUGUUCCUCGUGCUGAGCGGCGAGGUGCUUGAAUGUUCUGAGUCGAACUUGAGUCAGAGGAUGUUUUCAUCCGGAGCUGCGACAGGCUUGAUGUCUGCGCUGCUCGGGAGGGAGCUGGACGUCACCUGGGUAGCAGGCAGACGAGGAAGCUUGAUCGGAUCCAUCCCCUCCUACGCUUUCGGCAAAGUCAUCGAGGAUCACGGCCAGGAGUUUGCGGAGACGAUCAUGCAGCAGGGGCUUCAGUGCCUGUCUCCCGCUAGGGGCUUCUGCUCGUCCGCCAAGGUCAACUUCCUGUCCUUCGUGCUUGACCGAUUCAAAGAUUCGAACCGACUCGCCUGCAUCCGAAGCAACUUGACGAGAAGCCUUGGCUUGACAUUGCUGAGGACAUGCUUCUACGGUUGGAACCUCACGCUCUUGACGAGCCAGCGCUCGCGAGUUUUGAGCAUCAGGAGGAGGCAGAGGUACUGGCAUGCCUCCUACCCCACACCCUGA